AAAAAAAAGACGGGAGAAAUUAAAGAGAGCAAAGGCAAUCUCAUCCCUAUCCCUCUCUUGCGGCGGCCCUGCGAGAUCUCUCUCGCUUCUGCCUACCUAUCGUUUUCACAGCUGAGUUUCAAUCGCCGGCGCACCUUAUCGGUACCGAUUCAGUUUGAAUUAAGGAUAUAGGGUACAAAUUAUAGGCUCUGAAUAGCUACACGACCUUCUGCAAAAUAUAAAAUGGCACACCGAUUGCUAAGAGAUCAUGAGGCUGAUGGCUGGGAACGCUCUGACUUCCCUAUCAUUUGUGAGUCAUGCCUUGGUGAUAAUCCAUAUGUUCGAAUGACUAAAGCAGAUUAUGAUAAGGAGUGCAAGAUUUGUACGCGGCCAUUUACAGUCUUUAGGUGGAGGCCUGGUCGUGAUGCAAGGUAUAAGAAAACUGAGGUUUGUCAAACUUGCAGUAAGCUGAAAAAUGUUUGUCAAGUCUGCCUUUUGGAUCUUGAAUACGGAUUGCCAGUUCAAGUUCGGGAUACUGCUCUUAGUAUAAACUCCAAUGAUGCCAUUCCUAAGAGUGAUGUGAACAGAGAGUAUUUUGCUGAAGAGCAUGAUCGCAGGGCAAGAGCUGGUUUAGAUUAUGAAUCGUCUUAUGGGAAGGUACGGCCAAAUGACACUAUUAUGAAGCUUCAGAGAACAACACCAUACUACAAAAGAAACCGAGCACAUAUUUGUAGUUUCUAUGUGCGGGGUGAAUGUACUAGAGGUGCCGAGUGCCCUUAUAGGCAUGAGAUGCCGGAAGCUGGGGAGUUGUCUCAGCAAAAUAUAAAAGACCGCUACUAUGGGGUGAAUGAUCCUGUGGCACUAAAGCUACUUGACAAGGCUGGUGAAAUGCCUUCUUUGGAAGCUCCCGAGGAUGAAAGCAUCAAGACACUUUACGUGGGUGGGCUGGAUAAAAGGAUUACUGAACAAGAUUUAAGGGAUAACUUUUAUGCCCAUGGUGAAAUUGAAUUGAUAAAGAUGGUCCUUGACAAGGCAUGUGCUUUCGUUACGUACACAACCAGAGAAGGUGCUGAGAAGGCUGCAGAAGAGCUUUCUAGCAAGCUAGUCAUAAAGGGUCUUAGGCUAAAGCUAAUGUGGGGUAAGCCCCAGGCACCAAGACCCGAUUCAGAGACCUCGGAUGGAGCCAGGCAGCAAGCAGCUGUGGCUCAUAGUGGAAUGUUGCCCCGAGCUGUAAUAUCUCAGCAGCAGAAUCAAUUCCAGCCAUCUGGGCCUGGCAUGCAGGACCAACCCCCACCUAUGCAGUAUUUUAACAUCCCACCACCACCUCAGCUGGACAGAGCCUACUAUCCAUCAAUGGAUCCUCAAAGGAUGGGUGCCCUGGUUCCGUCCCAUGAUGCGGAGAACAAACCUGGACCAGAAAAACAAGGACAACAUUAUCCCUAUCAAGCUAUGCAGCUGCCACCACCUGGACAAUAUCCUCAUCAGCAUUAUCCACCAUAUGGGUACAUGCAACCAAUGCCACCUUAUCAGCAGUAUCCUCCAUAUCAUUCAGCAAUGCCUCCGCCUCGUGGCCCAUUGCAACAGUAUCAACAUUCUGGGCCACCAAGGCCUCCACCACCUGCGAUUGCCCCUUCAACAAGCGCACCACAAGCAUCUACAUCAUCAUCCGGUUCUGCCCCUGCAGCGCCAGGUCCAUCAGCUGAGUCUGGUUCAUCUCAUUAGUUAAGGUUUCACAAACUGUUGCUUUUGCUAAUGUAAGAAUAUAACCUGGUAAUUGUCAGCAUUAUUGUCUUGACUUCAAAAACAUAUUUGCUUAUCUUUUUUUU